GGCCCCGGCUCGCCGCGGGCACGCGCGCUCCUGGCUCACGCGCGCGCCCUCCCUCCCUCUCCCUCCGCUGGCGUGUCGCUCACACGCGCACUCCCGCCAGGCCAGCCAGCCGCGCCGCCGCCUCAGCCCCAGCCCCAGCCCCUCGGAAAGCCGGUGGCACCAUGUCGUCGCCUCCCGAAGGGAAACUAGAGACUAAAGCUGGACACCCGCCCGCCGUGAAAGCCGGUGGAAUGCGAAUUGUGCAGAAACACCCACAUACUGGAGACAGCAAGGAAGAGAAAGACAAGGAUGACCAAGAAUGGGAAAGCCCCAGCCCACCUAAGCCAACCGUGUUCAUCUCCGGUGUUAUCGCCCGGGGUGACAAAGACUUCCCCCCCGCGGCCGCGCAGGUGGCUCACCAGAAGCCCCACGCCUCCAUGGACAAGCACCCGUCACCACGCACCCCGCAUAUCCAGCAGCCACGCAAGUGAACUUGCUCCCGGCCCCCAGCUCCCCAUCAAUGCCCCAGCUCCCCACCUGCCACAGCGGGAGGUAUAAGACAGAGCCAGGCAUUCCCGCCUUUGCCUUAAAUUUCCGUAUUUAAAACUAAAAAUGCUUCAAGCCCCAAACCCCGUUUAGACAGACUCCCGGUGAGAGGUCACCAGGGCUGUCACCCCUGGAAUGAGCACAGACAUGGCCAAGACCCACUUCAGUUGUUCAGACUGCACCCCUCGUUCUGCUGCAGCAAUCACCUGGAGCCCCGGUGGUCAGCAAAGCCACUGAGAGGGUGGAGACCAGGGAGGAUUAGAUCAAGGCAAGACCAAUGCAGUCCUUCUUUCAGUCGUCGGGCGACAGAGCCUUAGCACCCACGGGCGAGCGAGCAGCCCCGGCUCACAGGGCGGGUCUCCGAAAGCCAGCGUAGGGAAGACCCUAGAAACGGGCAGUGGCCACGCUCAGUUCCCCUCCCCUGUGUGGUGGGAGACCCUGCACCCGAGGGUACAGCAGCAUCUUUGGCCACUGGGGGCGGGGUGCUCCAAGCUGUGCUUCUCAGCCACCACUCCUGGCACUGCUGUGGAGUUCUGGAAGUGACCCCUGAUCAGGGUAGAGGGGAAAAUAGGACAGACCUCCUAGAAAGCUGCCUCCUGUCUACGGGCCAUUAGAGCAGGAAGACCCUGCUUGUCCGCCAGUCGCCCAGACUGCCCCUGCCUGAGUAUAUACCUGCAGGGGGCCACCCUCACUGGCCCAAUAAGCCGCACACAACCCCUGGCUCACAGCAAGCUUGGAAACCCAAGAGGGCUCCUUUAGGUCAAUGUUAAGACCCGCCAACAGCGCUCAGAAGGGGGGUGCAGCCACCUGUUCCACUCACCUGCGAUGGAGUCGUAGCCACAUCCCCCGACCCUGCACUCCCCACCAGCCUUUCUGGUGCCUUCUCCAGGCCCUGUCCACCGGCCGGAAGUAGAGCGGAUGCGGUGAGGCCAAGCACUGCCCCUUCCCUGAGGGUGCAGCUCAGCGCCCCCUCCCAGUGUGCACCCCUCGAGGCCUCGUGUCCCCACCUAUAUAUGGCAGUGAGAACCAGGUGUGGCUUCUGGAGAGCUGGACAUCACCAGCAGCACAGCCACAGAACCUACAUGCAAGCCGCCUCAGCCGCGCGGUCCUCUGAAGCCAGCGUCCGGGACCAGGCUCCAAGCAGGCGCCCCCGGGCAGCCUGGACAAACCAUCGCUCCAUCCAUCUGCCACAGACCGCCAGGUGCAGCCUUUCUCUCCCAAGGUGCAAUCUUCAUGUUUGUUCACCCAGACCUGGGUGCGCGUGGGUUCCCGACCACCAAAUACAAAACGUUUUCCUGGAUGAAUUUCUCAGUCGUUAACCUGAAGAAUUAAUGAUCAUGAUAAUAAAUCUCCUGCAUUCCUUCCUU